GAACAAUCCGGAAUCCUGCCCUCGAUCCUCCCAACAACGAAAUUACGUUUAUCAUCUGCAUUCCGUUUCCUCACAAAUUUCUACUGGGAGUAAUCAUAUCUAAAAAUCAACAAGAAAUUGGUUCUACAAGAUGAGUAAUCUUUAUGAGACAUGUUCCACUCAGUUCAGCACUGACCAGUUAGACAGCCUUCUUUCUUGCUUGUCGGAAGGGCACGGCGCAGUAAGUCAACUAUGUCAUAGUGUCACCUUGUCUCGACUGUUCGCAGCUAAUAUUUUCAUCAUUUUCCUCUUUUAUCGGAAGGCACUCGAUGGCGCAACGCUAGACAUCGCCAAGGGUCUGGAUUCGUUCUAUCUUAUUUUUGCGGGAGCUCUUGUGUUUUUCAUGCAAACUGGUUUUGCAAUGGUGAGUCUUUCGUUCCAUUUUUCACGACAUGCACGGCAUACCUGUAUUGAGACCAUAAACCUAACAUUAUUCGCCACCCCCACUAAUGUUUAAAACAGCUGUGUGCGGGAUCCAUCCGAAGCAAAAACGUCAAGAAUGUUCUCCUCUGGAAUCUUUUGGACUCCUGUGGCGGAGGCAUCGCAUUUUGGAUCACGGGUUACGCAUUUGCGUACGGCGGUGAAACUUCGACUGCCGAGUGGACCUUUAUUGGGAGCGAGAACUUCUUUUUGAUGGGAGAGAUCAAUCAUGCCUACUGGUUCUUUCAAUUCGCAUUUGCAUGUGCCUUGUCCAGCAUCGUUGCCGGGACUAUUGCGGAACGCACCCAAAUGAAGGGGUACCUGUUCUACUCGUUCUUCUUGGUUGGAUUCGCCUAUCCAAUUGUCGCCCACGCAUUUUGGUCGACCAAUGGGUUUCUGGCCAACGUCAACGCCGAGCCUCUCUGGGGGAGCGGUGCAAUCGAUUUCGCCGGGUCGGGUCCGGUCCACAUGAUGGGUGGACUUACGGCGCUCAUGGCUGCCUUGGUAUUGGGCCCGCGUAUGGGGCGCUUCUACGACGACGACGGAAGCCCCCUCGAAACUCCAGCCGAUAUUCCGGGGCACAGCACGCCCCUUGCCGUGCUCGGAACCUUUGCGUUGUGGUUCGGCUGGUACGGUUUCAACCCCGGAUCCACCUUUAUGGUAUCCAAUGGAAAUGCCGGCGAGGUCGCUGCACUCGUCGCAGUGAACACCACCCUAGCGGCCUGUUCCGGGGCCCUUAGUGCCAUGUUCACAAGCACGUGGUUGAGCUACCGCUCCAUCGGGCUCCACACCUACGAUCUAGCUUAUACCAUGAACGGCCUCUUGACGGGCUUGGUCGCCAUUACCGCCGGCUGUGCCGCGGUUGAGAGCUGGGCCGCCGUUGUCAUUGGAAUUGUUUCCGGAUGGGUCUACUUGAUCGCUUCGAAGGUUCUCAUCAAGCUUCGCAUCGACGAUGCUGUCGAUGCAAUUCCCGUGCACCUGGUUGGUGGAGCCUGGGGUCUUAUCGCCGCCGGUCUCUUCAGCACCCCCGAUCUCAUGGACAAGGCCUACGGGCAAUCGGAUCACGUUGGAUGGUUCUACGAAUGGGGACGUGGAUCCGGCAAUUUCACCUUGAUCGGUAUCCAGCUGAUUGGCAUUCUGUUCAUCAUCGGCUGGACAACCGCGCUCAUGUAUCCCUUCUUUUACGUCCUGAACUAUUUCGGUGCCCUCCGCGUCGAUCCCCUCGAAGAAGCGACCGGCAUGGACAUUUCGCGCCACAAGGGUCCAGGCUACAACGUCGACCAGUCCAAGCACGAGAACGAGGCCGCCGAAGAGCUGCAAAAGUCGAGACGAUCGCUCCUGGGCAAUUCAUCUGGUAGAAGAUCAACAGGCCCCGAAACUUCCCCCGAAAGAGCCAAUCCAACUGCUGUCGAAGUGGAAGAAAGCGCAUAGAACCAUUGCGUAGGGUAUUUUGGAUUAUUCACAGUGGUCGCAAAAUGGAUCCUAGAAAUAAUUGAAUGAACGAAUGGGUAGUGGUCAGAAACCAAUGAAGAGAUGCAUGUAUGCGUUUGUAUUUGUAAUAUGUUAUAACAUGAAUGCUUUAGUUUAAUUUAAUUA